ACAUAUUUGCCACUGGGUCACGUGACCAUUGCGCCUCGGAGCAACGAGCGCAAGGGCGCCUCGGCGUAACGCCAUAGCAUCGAGUGCUUGUGAUUCCGUGGUUCUUACAUGAAUGUGUGUUUCGUGGAUCCAGUUCGAAUGACAGCGAGUUCACGAUUUGCUGUGUUAACGAGAAAAUGUCGGUGAACGCGUGAAGCACAGUGUGCACCCGUGCUUUUGUGGAAAAAUGUGAGGGCCGGAACGUUGCAACACUUUGCCGGAAGCAAAAACAGACCGGCGGUGAGUCACUGUCACGAUCGAUCAUUUCCUUUCUCCUAUUCCCAUUUUUGAGAACGAAGGCCACGGCCACGUGCUGCAUCCGUAAUAGAAAACAUCGUUUCGAACGGACAUAACCUCAAAAUUGUAAGAAAGCGUCGCUGCGGCGAGGUUAGAAUUCGUUGUCAUUGAAGAUGUUUCAUUUCGUGGAUAUUCAUCUAUAUCGUGCAAUUGGAUAAUAGAACAAAGUACAGUGAUUGAAAAUACAUAUUUCGAAUGACGUAAUCUGUGAUAACUUUAUAACGAACUAUUAAUGUACGUGCCAAUAAGUUAUCGAUAGCUGAUUAUCAAAAUUGCCGGUGCUUCGUUAAAAAAGUUCUUUUUUCGAUUGGAAGAACGAUCGACCGCCAUAAAAAUGGAAGAAUCUCAAAGAUACGAAGAUCAUACCAUAUAUAAGACACGAUCACCCUGCAGCCUGCGAAAACUGAGAGACAUGGUGCCGGCAAGGGUUGUGCUCUAUAUGCUCUCCUUUUCGGGAUUCACGGUCUCGUUCAUGAUGAGGAACGAUAUCAACAUCGCCAUGGUAGCGAUGGUGAAACCCCCAUCCAUGACAUCGGACACCAACGUGACUGUGACGUCUCAGCAUUGCUACGUGACACCACCAACGAUCAUCAACAACAGCGCACCCAUCAAACUUGAGGAUCAAGGGGAAUUUGAUUGGAGUCCAACCAUACAAUCCGCCAUUAGCGGUUCAUUCUAUUGGUGUUACAUACUGUCACAAGUAGUUGGUGGUGUGCUCACACAAUAUUUUGGCACGAAAGCUAUUUUCGGCGGUUCACAACUGAUCACUGCGAUCUGCAGUUUAUUGAUGCCUUCUGCAGCAGGAAUUCAUUAUGGAUUCAUGAUUGCGCUUCGCAGUAUACAGGGUGUCGCGAGUGGACUCACGUGGCCCGCGAUGUACGCCAUUGUCGGACACUGGAUCCCGCCAGUGGAGAGGUCACGUUUCAUGUCUUCCUUCCAAGGGUUCAGUUUUGGCAUCGGGUUAACCUAUCCACUGUGCGGAUUCAUCAUUGCUCACUUCGGAUGGAGAGCUGUCUUUUAUACUACCGGCAGCAUCGGUAUGAUCUGGUGCUUUUUCUGGUACUUCUUCGCCUUCGACACACCGGCCUCUCAUCCCAGAAUAUCCCAGCAGGAGCUACGAUACAUUCAAGGGAGUGUAGGGAAUCAAGUUAGAGACGAGAAUAUGCCAGUUCCGUGGAGGUUCAUUCUUACAUCCUGGCCAGCAUGGUCGAUCGGAAUAACCACGUUCGGCAGGAUCUGGGUUCAUUAUAUAUUCAUCAUCUCUGGACCAAUGUACAUGAAAACAGUUCUAGGAUUCAGCAUCCAAGCGAAUGGAGUACUGUCUGGUUUACCAUUCAUCUGUAGUUACUUCAGUUCUGUUGCAUUCUGCUACAUAGCCGAUGUUCUGAUCACACGACAGAUUUUGUCGUUGACGAAUGUCAGAAAAGUGUUCACCGUCUCUUCUCAAGUAGCUCCUGGUAUAAUGUUGGUGUUAAUUGGCUAUCUGGGGUGCGACAUCGUUCUCGUUUUAGUGGUCUGGUUUGUAGCCGUUACUCUUAUCACUGCUUCCUAUGCAGGAGCCAUGGCAAAUAUCGUCGAUAUAGCGCCAAAUUUUGCUGGACCAAUAUUGGCGUUUACACAGACGAUUCAUAUGACCGCCAGUUUCCUAUCUCCCAUCGUAGCUGGCCUCCUCACCCAAGAAAGCCAAGCCCUCGACGCAUGGAGGCAAGUAUUUGGGGUGACAGCUUGCGUCGCCUGUGCUACCUAUAUCGUUUAUCAAAUCUUCGGUACGGGUGAUAUCCAGCCGUGGAAUUAUCCUGAUCAAAAGUAUCCUCAAUCGGUACAAGAAGACUCUCAGCCUUUAAACGAAUCACCGCAAAAGAACGGAAAAAUUGUCACAUCUCUGUCCAACAUGUCCGAAGAAGCGUAACACGAUCGAUUUCUCUCGUUGAACGAAGAAAAAAGAAGCGCACGGAUUACGUGACAGCUAUUACAAGUAUUUCUCCUUGGAUCUCGAGGAAGAGGCAAUCUAAAAUUAUAUAUACAUAUAUAUAUAUAUAUAUAUAUAUAUAUGUAUAAGUUUUUUCGACGUGAAAAUGUUUAUUUUUUUUCUCUCUCUUUCUCUCUGUAUAUCUAUGUAAAUAGAGAUGGUAGUGUGUAAACGAGGAGGAGUUGAUAUAGCACUCAGGGUAAUAUAAGUAAUGUUGUAACGUUUCAAAGAAUAUUUUUAUGAGGACAGUCUCGGGUAACGAGCAAACGCUUCGUUUAUUCGCCAAUUCUUGCGUUUGUGAAACGAAGUGAAAGCACAAAAAAAAAAAAUAAUAAUAAUUGCGAUCGAUUACGUUCCAUUUCUUACGAUUCGAGACGAUUAUUUGUCCAUUUGCCGUCUCUGUGAUUAAACUUUUUUUCUCUCUAUUUUCCAUCUAACAGGGUGGGAUGAAUCUUGUAGAACGUAGAGCACCAAAGCAACAGUUUUCAAGGCUCCAACUUUUAACAAUUUUUAAUGUUUUUCUUUUUCUCUCACUUUCAGAAAUAUUUCUCCGUGAAAUUCUAAAAAUUAGGAUCGAUAAAUUUGUUCGAUUGUUGAUUUUAACAAUUUUCGAAAAUUUUUCAACAAAAGACUGAUCGAUUUUUUUUCUCCAUGAUAUAUACUCGUCCAAGUUUGGAAGCCGUUGCUCUUAGUGUUCUUUAUUUUUUCAUUAUCUCUCUUAUAUAAAUUAAUAUUUUAAAAAUGGCUUAAUUCAUAGGAUUCACGAUUUUUGUUAUUAUUGCUCUCAUUGUUACGUGCUCUAUAUUGUUCGUAAAAUCUAAUAAGCUAUCAUAAUUAAUUUCUUUCUACAAUUUUUGCCGGUGAUUUUAUUAACUUAUUAACUUAUUAAAUCGAUAUUUUAUCAACUUGUUAGAUGCGUAAGAAAGGAAAAGAGAAAAUCCAAAUACGCUGUAGAAUAGAAGUAGUGAAAUUUAUAAGACGAAGAGGAAAAGACAGAUGAAUUAUAUAAGUAUACUACACUAAAAAUUGAUGCCUUGCCUUAGUCACAAUUCUUUUUGAAUUCAUUGUAAGAGAACACGUAAUAUACUUACUUUAGUACUUAUAUUCUGCGAUAAAUAAGUCUCAUUGUUAUAUCAUUGUUAACAUUUACUAGUCAUGUUUCGCUGAAAAAAAAAUUGAAUAUUUAUAUACUAUAAUGUCCAAAAAAAAGAAAAAAAAAAAAAGAAAAAAGAAAGAAACGUUACAUGAACAUAAAAAUUUUUUGUAGAUCAUCUGUUAGGAUUAGAAUUCAUUUUUUCAAUUCACAUUUCAUAAUUUUCAUUCGUGUAAGGUAUAUUAAGAGACGAUGUUUUUUCAAGUAUUGUAAUUUUAAUUAUUUUUAUAUUGACGUCGUUUAAAUAACGAUAAGUCAUGUUUUUUCUUCGUUUGUUAUUUAUAAGUAUAUAUUUUAAGUUACACACGGAUACUUAAUAGCAUGUACGUGUUGUUACGCUAAUAAUUAAAUACGUAUUAAAAAUUAUAUACGUAUAAUGCGCAAAAUUAAAGAUGAAAUUAAUUAAAAAAUUAUAUUGCGCAAAAUUUAAAAGAUGAAAAUGAAAAUCUCUUGCGUAAAUACGUGUACAAAAUGAACAUCUCUGCGCGCAUAAAAAAAAAGAUAAUAAUUUUUUCUUUCAUUUUAAAUCGAAUAAUUAUUGUAUAUGUGUAUGCAUUUUCGUAUUUUUUUUUCUGUGCCAUCGAUGCGAUCUAAAAUACAGAAUUGUUCGUUAAUGAUAAAUCUCAAUGAUCACGAGACUAUCGACAAUUUUGAAGAUAUUUAUAAGCCACGAGCAUUUUUCAAGCAAACCGUACGUUAUUUUGUAAUCGAAUCACCACUACAAAAUCUAUGCCACGGAGUUCUUGAUACGAAUAUAUGCAUAUAAGUAAAUGAAAAAAAUAUAUGAUACAUAUAUAAUUUCAGUAAACGCAUAGCAUUAUUGAUUGUUACACCUUACACGUGUAUCGAUACAAAAUUUCGUGUUUGUUUAAUUUAUUUUAAUUUUAUUUAAAAUUAUAUUAUGUCACAAUUGUGCACAAUUUUUUUCAUCAUUUACAUUUGCAUUACAUUGUUACCAAUUACAUUAAUAUCAAUAAUUGUUUGCAUUAUGCAGAAUUAUCAAAAGUUGAUCCAUAGAUAAAUCGGAUGAUACAAUGAAUACACUUUAACGUCAUUGGAUUCGAGGAAUAAUGUUUUUUUUUGUUUUUUAAAAACAAUCAAAUGAUAAAAACGAUACAAACGAGUUAGAGAACGUGAUAAAUGGGCACAGAAAAAGAAGGAUGAUAUCACGUCUUUAUCCACUCGAUGAUAUUCGUCUCAGGUAUUAUCGUCAUUUUGCAGAAAAUAAAGUGUUAGGUAACUCGUUUACUGUUAAAAAAAUUGAUCGACGACAACUGGCAAGAUUUAUGAGCUCGUAAAUUUCAUAUUUGCUUAUCUUUUAUAACCAGAAUUGAAUUAAAUGCACAGAGAGAAUCAUAAAACGAACUAUUAAAUACAUGAUUUUUUAAACGUU